UUCAGUGGCGCUGGAAAAAGUGGAAGCGGAGACAGAAGUUCAGCUAUUUUGAAGCGAGACUUACAUGCAGGCAAAGGAAGCCCCAUCCCGUGGAUGCUGAUCACAGGUUGAUACUCCAGGUUGAGGACGGACAUCUGACCUUACCAGUGCGACAUCCUCAGAGGCCGUAGACCAGUGUGACCUCGGACUUUCUCCUCCUGCAGGAGGUGAAUAUAAAGAUGUCACAGAGGACAGGACCAUCAAAAUCCAUCUUUCUUUCGUCUUUAUUAGUGUCCUGCAUGCUUGCCCAUGCAGAGUAUUCCAGCUGUGGCGAGUACGAGUUUUUAAACCAGACCAGCAACAGCUGCCAGGCCUGCCCUCAGUGCCAGCCAGGACAGGAGCCACACAUGACAUGUGGCUACGGUGUGAAGGAUGAGGACUUCUCUUGUUCGCCCUGUCCACAUGGCAAGUACUCCAAAGGCAAAUAUGAGAUCUGCAGACGACACAAAGACUGUGACGCCCUCUACAAGGCCACGGUGCGGGUGGCUGGAACGCCAGACAGUGAUGCAGAGUGCGGACCGUGUUUACCCGGGUAUUACAUGCUGGAGAACAGACCCAGGAACCUCUACGGGAUGGUGUGUCACUCCUGCCAGAAUGCACCACCCAACACCAAAGAAUGCAUGCAGCCGAACGUCCCAGUGGAAAAACCUCAAAUGGAUGCUGGCAGCACCACCGCCUUCCCUCAUCUUCACAAAGAUCCAACAGGAGAAGGUCACCUAGCAACCGCUCUUAUCAUCGCCAUGUCAACCAUCUUCGUCAUGGCCAUUGCCAUCGUUCUCAUCAUUAUGUUUUACAUCCUAAAGGCCAAGUCAAGUGGCCAGGCAUGUUGCACCAGACAAGUGGUGAAAACAGUUGAAGCUCAGACCAACAAGCAAGAAGACAAGAAAGACAUCCCUGACAAGGUGGUGAUAUAUUCGGAAAAAGAUGACUUUGACAAACAUAAGGCUUCACCACAGAUGGCAGUUAAAAGUGAAAACGACGCCUCGUCCGAGAACGAGCAGCUGCUGAGCCGCAGCAUGGACAGCGACGAGGAGGCGUCUCUGGAGAAGCAAGGCUCAGCGGAAACAAACAACCCCAACCCAAAUGUGGGCCUCGUGAACAUCGGGAACAAGCCCGAUCUCUGCCUGCUCUCUCUGGGACUCCUAGACACGGAUCACGCCUGCAACGGGACCGCCAGCAUCGCCGCCAGCCCCACCACCAGCAACCUCCCGAGUCCCGGCCACAUGGGCAGUGUCAACCACAUCUCCGGCACCAACCACAUCAGCAAUGUGACCACAAUCAACAAUAGCAAUAAAAACCCAGGGAUGUUGCAGAGUCGAAGGAAAAAGAUCCUGGAUCUGUAUGCCAAAGUGUGCAAUGUGACAGAAGGCCUGAGCCCCACAGAGCUUCCUUUCGACUGUCUGGAGAAAGCCAGCCGCAUGCUGAGCUCCUCCUACAGCAGCGAGGCGGCCGUGGUGAAGACGUGGCGACACCUCGCCGAGAGCUUUGGCCUGAAGCGGGACGAGAUCGGCGGCAUGAGUGACGGUUUGCAACUCUUCGAGAGGGUGAGCACAGCGGGCUACAGCAUCCCCGACUUGCUCACCCGCCUGGUGCAGAUCGAGAGACUGGACGCCGUGGAGUCGCUGUGCUCGGACGUACUUGGAGGCAACGACGUAGCAACGGUGGCGGCGGCGGGCAGACGGCAGGGUAUAAGUAGUUUCCACGGUCAGAUGGUGUGCCCGUCGCUGUGCCAGCCUUCUUCGCAACGCUGUGCCAGUGUAUAAAAACACAGCGGAACACAGACUCUUAUGUGUUCUUGAACGCUGGACAAAGUACCGACUUUUGUUACAUGAAGAACCGAAAUGACUAUGUAGUUAUACUUCAAUUAAUAUUACAUGUUUUAUUGACAAAUGUUGUGAGACAUAGAGUACCUCCGUUCAAUUCCUCAAGGGCAUUCCCGUGAAUUUUAAACAUUCAUGAAACCAGGGGUGGGCAAACUAUGGCUCGGGGGCCACAUCCGGCCCGCCAAUUUACGGCCUCCAAAGUAUAUCAUUUAAACUCAACAUACAACCUAGCAUCAUUGAACCAACCUUUCGAUGGUUGAAGUAGCCAUUUUAUCAAUUUCGAUAUUUGAUGAAAUUAAAGGACUCCCUGGCCGGAAUCUGUCUGUAGUGUUACAAGCCUAAAAGAACCACUAUCCAUUCUUUACAGCAAGGGGUCUCAAACUCAAUUUACUUGGGGGCCACUGGAGCUCGGGUCUGGGUGAGAUUGGGCCGCAUUAGGUUUUCCAAAAAAAAACCCCAAAAAACGCAUUUAUUAAAAACAAAAAAAAAUUAAAAACUUCGCUUUGGUUCCAAUUUUCUACAAGAAAUGACAAAACACGACUAUAGUCACAUUUAUACUCUUUUUAUUUACAACAUAUUGCGCAACUGCAGGGUCUUGAGACACAUGCUAACUCGCAAACUAGAGAGCUAGCGACCUAAACGGUAGCCUUCAAGUUAUUUCCUUGAAACUUAAAUAGCCCAAAACUUACCACUUCCACACGGAUAGGGAGGAUAACUAUUAACAGUUAUUUAACCUUUAACAUGAACAUUAAUCAAACGUAAUAAUUUUUUCUGGGUACAUGAUACCAUACAGCAUCCAUAUCAAACUUGCGCGGGCCGCACUAACAUUAAACUUUCAUAUCAAGGCGGGGGCCUCAAACUAGUGUCCUGCGGGCCACAUUUGGCCCGCGGGCCACGUGUUUGAGACCGAGUCCUAAAUUUACACAGACCUCCUGCCUUAACAGUUCCAAUCACAAACUCAAACCAGCCAUCAGGCUUUCACCAAUGACUUCCUCUGCAGCGACCUUGUCAGCGACCCCAACCCAACCCUCCUCCUUCCUCCUAAAAUCCCUUUUUACCCCGAUGCUGUGGUUUAGCGCUGCCGCCAGCUUUAAUUAUUGGGCGUGUAACUCCCCAGGGCCACUAAUAGGCUAAAGUGUUGUGGUUUAUACAGCGGGUGCUAAGUGCCUGUGAUUUCCACCACCCAAUUAAGAAUUUAGGGGCAAUUUAACCAGUGAAAGUCCAGUAAAAACGUGAAAAAAAUGAAAAAACAUGGAGGGAUGCCACAGCAGGGGCUUGACUAACUGCUCCCUGGCAAGCUGUUGUACUACACUACGUUGUACUGUUGGACAAUUACAACAGAAUCUUGUUUUUGUUAUGUAUCCAGUCUAAAAUGUCAAAAAAACGUACACAGAAAAUAAUAUAAAUUUAAUUAAUCUGUGGCUUAUUUUGCAGCCAUAACCCAAACAGCACCUAGAAUACUCAAAAAUACGCAGUGGGCUUGAACACCUUAUCAGCACAGGGCGAACAGUACUUGUUUGAAGGAAAAACUCAAAACACAAACUGAGUUUUACAUUUUUUUUCUGAACACCAGAACUACACACUUUGCUUUCCGGACUCUAUGUCCUACCUCUAAUAGAACCGCAAUGCAUUCUUUACAGAAUUUCUUUUUUCGGUACUGUUUGGUUGUACGAUAACCGAGACAGUGUGUGAAAACCAAGUCAUAUUUUCAUUGAAAACCAAGUCCUAUGAAAACCAGGCUGUAUGUAAACCGAGGUUCCACUGUACAUCGUUUUAUACAGCGGGUGCUAAGUGCCUGUGAUUUCCACCACCCAAUUAAGAAUUUAGGGGCAAACAACACCUAGAAUACUCAGAAAUACGCAGUGUGCUUGAACACCUUAUCAGCACACGCCGCACGGUACUUGUUUGAAGGAAAAACUCAAAACACAAACUGAGUUUUACAAGUUUUUUCUGAACACCAGAACUACACACUUUGCUUGCCGGACUCUGACUGUAGUGUCCCACCUCUAAUAGAACCGCGAUGCAUUCUUUACAGAUUUUUUUUGGUUGUACGAUAACCGAGACAGUGUGUGAAAACCAAGUCAUAUUUUCAUUGAAAACCAAGUCCUAUGAAAAACAGGCUGUAUGUAAACCAAGGUUUUUUUUGCAGCUGUCCACUAAUUGUUGAAAAAAAGAUAAGCACAGCUUGACUCUAAUUAGCACGCAAGUCAUGACACAAUGGGCAAUUUAAUUUCAUAAUUUUAUUAAUGUCAGCAUAUCAGCGACCAAGUUUAAGACUUAAUAUGUUUAUUUUUUAAUUAGCCGAACCAACAACAUGAUCACAUGUCCUGGGGAUUGAAAGGUUAAUAAUGAUGAUGAACCUACACGGAACACUUCGCUAAACUCCGACACUUUAAAUGAAUAAAUGUCUCUGUCUAAGCAUAUAUUCACACAUUUUGUCACCGCAAUAAAUAAAAAGCACAAAUACGUAAUAUACUGCCUUGUUUGGGCUGCUCCGGCUUCGAUCAAAUCCGGCCUAAUUCACAACAGGUUGAACAUUUUUAUGGUGCUGUUUACUUGCAAAUGAUGGAAUUGUUGGAUUGAACUGAAGAUGAUGAAAUGAUCCUCACAGCUGUUUCUAGACAGGCAACAUCUUACUUGUUAUAUAUUUAUGUCCAUGAAGAGACACCAAACAUGGAUGCCUUACCUCAGUAGCACCAGAUACUCAACUUCAUCACAGA